AUGCUUCUGUGCUUUCCAACUGCAGCGGGUCACAAGAACAAGCCGGUAGACGAUUGUCCGCCUCUUGGCCUUGAGUCUUUGAGGGUCGAUGACAGUCAGAUGAGGGCGUCUUCAUCCUUACGAACUGGUCUGGGGGCACACAGGGGCCGGCUAAAUAUACAGUCUGGUAUUGAGGACGGAGACAGAUACGAUGGAGCUUGGUGUGCAAGAUACGAAGACAAGAAUCAGUGGCUGGAGGUGGACGCACAGCACCUCACAAAGUUCACUGGAGUCAUACUCCAAGGAAGAAACUCCAUCUGGAGCUGGGACUUUGUUGAAACCUACAAAGUGCAGUUGAGCAAUGACUCUGUGAAGUGGCAAACCUGCAUGAACGGCUCUCAAGAGGCGAUUUUCAUUGGAAAUCAGCACACAGAGAUCCCUGUUCUGGGCCUGCUCCCUGUCCCAACUGUGGCCCGUUACAUCCGGAUCAACCCUCAGACCUGGUACUCCAACGGGACCAUCUGCCUCAGAGCCGAGAUACUGGGCUGUCGAGUUAAGGAUCCUUCUAACAUCUACGCAGAAGAGGAUCAUGCCUCCAAAGACAAUCUGGACUUCAGACACCAUGACUACAAAAACAUGAGAACGCUCAUGAAGUCAGUACAUGAUGAUUGCCCAAACAUCACUAGAAUCUACACCAUUGGGAGAAGUUACCAGGGUCUCAAACUGUAUGUCAUGGAGUUUUCUGAUAACCCUGGAAAACAUGAACUAGGUGAGCCAGAGUUUCGUUACGUGGCCGGGAUGCACGGGAACGAGGUCCUGGGACGAGAGCUGGUCCUGAACCUGAUGCAGUAUCUGUGUCGAGAGUUCAAAAAGGGAAACCAACGAAUUGCAAGGCUCAUAACAGAGACAAGGAUUCACCUGCUACCAUCAAUGAACCCUGACGGAUAUGAGGAGGCCUAUAAGAAGGGCUCGGAGCUGGCUGGUUGGGCUGAUGGUCGCUAUAGUUAUGAAGGAAUCGACUUGAACCAUAACUUUCCAGAUCUGAACAACAUCAUGUGGAACGCUCAGGAACGGGCUCUGACGAGGGCCCGGGAAAAAUCUGAAGUUCCCAACCACUACAUCCCUAUGCCUGAAUACUACACCAAGGAGGACGCUAUGGUUGCCCCGGAAACCAGAGCUGUGAUAAACUGGAUGGAGGAGAUUCCGUUCGUGCUGAGUGCAAACCUUCAUGGGGGCGAGCUGGUGGUCACAUACCCGUUUGACUGCACCCGGGACUGGGCACCACAGGAGGACACACCCACCGCAGACAAUGCUUUCUUCAGGUGGUUAGCUUCGGUCUACGCCUCCACAAACCUAGUCAUGUCCAACCCCGACCGACGCGUGUGCCACUACGAGAACUUCCAACAGCACAACAACAUCAUCAACGGAGGAGCCUGGCACACCGUCCCUGGAAGUAUGAAUGACUUCAGUUACCUCCACACAAACUGUUUCGAGGUGACGGUGGAGCUGUCAUGUGAUAAGUAUCCUCAUGCAUCUGAGCUUCCGGUCGAAUGGGAGAACAACAAGGAGUCUCUGCUCGUCUACAUGGAACAGGUUCACAGAGGAAUCAAAGGAGUGAUCAGGGAUAAACAGACCAGAAAAGGAAUUGCGGACGCCAUUAUCAAAGUAGAUGACCAUGAACAUGACAUCAGAUCAGCUGAGGGUGGAGACUACUGGCGCCUGUUAAAUCCUGGUGAAUAUAAGAUCGUUGUUUUGGCGGUUGGUUACUUUCCCUCCGUGCGGCGCUGCACUGUCGGUAUGGAGCCCCGUCCCACUCUUUGCGACUUCACUUUAACCAAAACCCCCGCAGAGGUCCUAAAACAGAUCAGAGCCAAAGGAGGUAAGGUUCCCCAGGAUGUCCAGCUUCGAGUGAGAGCUCUGAGGCUAAAGAAGCUACGAGCAAGCACCAAAGUCCUCAACCAGAAGAGAGAGGGCCCCAGACUAAGAGAACAGGCCCGGAGAAAGAACAGGAAGGCACGGGCUGCUGGGGUCUGGAGGGCUUCAAAAUGAGACGAGUUGGACAUAUAAACUGCCCUUCACAAAUUCUGAUGCUCUGGAGAGAAGAGUUGGUCAUGCUUAGGGUUGUUUUAGAAAUCUACUAACUUUAAAGUGCAUAUGACAGGUUUUCCCAUUUUCUAACUCUUUUACUGUAUUUGGUGGAAUAGUAAAAUAACAUAGUUUUAUUAUGUCAAGUGGCGGUUUGUGAAGAAAAGUUUGAAAAAAGUUAAAAACUGCAGGAAGUAGCGAUGAGUUCUAGAAAGGAACCCUGUUCACUUUGGGCAGUUCAAACAUUCAUUAAAGAAAAUACAGGUCUUAUUUUUAGUUGUCAAAUAAAAUUGGACAACUUUAUAAUAUGGUUGCUUAGUAACAGUUAUGGAAUUGCUUCCAUUUAAACCGGGAAGUAAAAUUUCAAACUUAACCAAAAUGAUCAAAUUAGAGAAAACUUUAGUCAAAUUAGUUAUCUAACCUGUCAUAUUCACUUUAAGACCCUACUAACUUAUGCCAAGCUGUAGCUUGAACUCUGAAUGUUUGUUGCGAUAGACAGGCCCUCUUCCAGGCUGAUUCAUACCAGGUCCUAACUAAUAUUUCCUGUUUUUGUCAACUAAUUUUGAAUUAUAUUUUUGCAUCACCCACUGUGAGUAUGGGACCACUCCAAAUUAUAAUCCCCCAAGCAUACACUUUUAUUAUUAACAAAUAAAUGAAAAUUGAGUAACAAUAUGUUCACAAUGAGGAUUAUAAAAGGUAUCGACACACACAGAAGGGUAGACUCUGAUGCCAUGUUCCUUGUUUUACUGCUUCUGUGAAAAACAGUGACGAGUUGAGGAUUUAAAUGUCAGCAGGACUGAUGAUUGUACUUUGACAGUGUUUGACCUGGUCCACCAAGACUGCAAAAGUAAAAUAAAUAUUGUCAUAAUUUUCUGAAUGUACAGUGUACAUUUGUGUCACAGUGUUUAUUUGAUAAAUAAAUUCUUAACACCUAA